AUGGAGACCCCCACGCAUGCCCGGUUUCCCCCGUCUCCCUUUGCCGAUAAGCUCUACACCAACUACUGCCCCUCGACUGAGGAGGUCCACGCCAUCCAGACGUACCUCGUCGAGCCCAGGCGCGCCGCCGCCGCCCUGGACACCGAAAUCGCGGCCGCGCAGGCGAUACUCGACGCGCUCAAAGCCCGCCGCAGCCACGUCGGGCACUGUAUCGACGCCCACGAGGCCCUCGUCGCCGCCGUGCGCCAGGUCCCCCCUGAAAUCCUGCAAACUAUCUUCGUCGCCUGCCUGCCCGAGCGACCCCGCGUCGACCCGGCUUCCGCGCCGCUGGUCUUCACGCGCGUGUGCCGAUACUGGCGCGAGGUUGCCCGGGGAACGCCGGAGCUGUGGAGCAACGUGGAGAUCCCACGUGUCGAUGCCCUACCAAGCGCGUUGCGCGAGCGGUUCGAGGGCGCGGUUGCAUCGUGGCUUGACUGCAAUCGCACGCGGCCGGUAUCCAUCUCGUUUUCCGGCGCCGGCGAUAGCGCAGCGAAGGGCGGUGCACACCCGAACCCUGCGUUCUGCGUGCAGCAGCUCCACAAGACCGCGCCUCGCCUCCGGAAUCUCGAGAUCACGGGGAACGACGUUCUGGCGGAGGCGGCCUUCGACCUCGCUCCGGCCCAGGUUCCCCUCCUCGAGAGCUUCGUUGCACGGACUUCCCCUUCUGCGCAGAACUUGCACUUACGUGACCUGCCGAUUCUCAGCCACCCGAACUUGAACCGGGUCUGGCUUGAAGCGGCCGUGAAUCCGCGGCAUCUGGCGCUUCCGUGGGCUCACCUCCAGGAGCUCUCGCUCACCUGCACCCACGACUGGCGCAGUGCGCUGUGUCUGACACAAAACGACGUGGUCGAGAUCCUGAGCCAGUGCCCGAAGCUCGUGCGCUGUCUGCUGGCCAUCACGGCUCCCGCAGACUCGCUCCUGGUCAACCAGGACCAGCCCGCGAUACACCUGCCGCUCCUCGAAGAACUCGUCAUGCCCGUGCACAAGCCGGUCCAAGUGGAGGACAUCCAGCUUGUUUCGCUGGUCAAGAUGCUCGACGCACCGGCCCUGCGCCGGCUCUGCUUCGCGAGGAAGGGCGACGAGACUGCCAAGGAGUUCGUGCACCCUGCACCCGAGGCCGCCAAGACGCUCUGUGUCGCCCCGCGCGAGCUGGGUGCGGAGACGCUCGUCGACCUGGUCAAGGCGCUGCCCAGGGUGACCGCCCUGCGCCUGGUCCGAUCGCCCAUCCCGAUGUUCGAGGAGCUCGACGACGGCUUCCUCGCUGCCUUGCCCAUGCUGUGUCCGAAACUCGAGUCGCUCGAUUGCGAGGACGGAACGAGCGUGUUCUCCGAAGGUGCUCUGUGUCGCUUCGUGCAGGCCAGUUCGCAUCUCCGGUCACUCAAUCGCGUCCGACUGGACAUGUCUCUGCAGGAUAUGGAUGUCCUGAUGGCUUAG